AUGCCCGACGCUCUUUGCCUCCAAAAGGCCGGCGCCGGCGCGGAGCGCCACCACCUACCACACAACAGCCAGCCGCUGCCGUCCUCGGUGCUCCCGGCGGUUGGCGAAGGCGACCCCGGGCGUGCUGCAGCUGCUGCUCCGGAGGAACGCUUACCUGGAGCAGGAACUCGACCUUCGCUUCCGCCUCUUCCGCUCCAGGGAAUCCCCUCCCGACGGGCGCGCCGAGUUCCUUCGCGCCAACGCCUCCGCCAUCGGUGCCGUCGUUGGCAACGCCGAUGCCGCAUCGAUGCGCCGCCGUCCUUCUCUGUGGGGACCGACCGCGUUGACCUCCCAAGUGCCGGGAGCACCGGAUCCGCGUCACCAACACCCCCAACUUCCUCACCGACGACGUCGCCGGCCUCGCCAUCUCCGUGCCAAGGAAGACCACGCAGGCUGACCGCUACCGGCGCGCCGGCUUGUGGAAGGCAAGAGGGACUACGCAGUCACUACGCGGGUGAAGGAGGGGCGGCCGCCCACUCGACGGUGCUGAUCAGGGCGACGAGGGAGCCUGGCAGGGAGGCGUCGAUGCAGGGCAGGGCGGCGACGAUCCGAUGCAGGGAUCAAGGUCGCCGUGCAGGGAGGCGUCGAUGCAGUGCAGGGCUGGCGAUGAAAGGCAGGGAGAGGGGCGAGGGACACAAUUAGGUUGAGUUUCCUUUUUUGCGAGUUGGUUAGAUGGUUAGAUUAACGUGAUUUGAGGGGCUGCAGAGGUGGGACGGGGAGUUUCAUAUUUUCAUCUGGUGGAGUACGGUCAGUCUAUGUAAACUGCUAAGCGCACACCAGAUCUCGAAUAAAUUAAUGAUGGCUGUUAGAUGGGGUUGUGCGGGCUU